CUGUCUGUCGCCUUCUGCAAAGUUUGGUGCGCAAGAUGGCAAGAGUAGCCUAUAGUUCCAAGGAAUUUCGGUGACGCGCAUGACCACUCCAAAUAAGACCUUCGUUCAGUUUGAAUAGCGCGGCACAGUGUAGUAGACAGUCAUUGGGAAUAACCUACAUCCAAUAUCCCCUGCCAGCCAGCAUACCCCAGACUCUUGCCCAGUUGUAGAUCAACGCGAUCAUGGCUCAAGCAUUGGAAAUUGCCAGAUGGGACCUGGAGUGUGAGUUCAACAACACAGACCACCGUACGGAGCUCAACGGGGUGGAGCAGCUGAUCGUUAGAAGGGGCCAGCCGUUCACCAUCAACCUGCACCUCCGCUCGGGGGAAUACCAGCCUGGCGGCAGUGCACUCGACCUCACCGUGGAGACAGGUCCCCAGCCCAGUGAUCAGUAUGGCACACGGGCCUCCUUUGGUCUGAUUGACCAAAUCGACACCUCCCGCUGGAGUGCCGCAGUCACCAGUCCCCCCGGGUACAUGGUGUCCCUGUCCAUCUGUUCCCCCCCGGACGCGCCUAUCGGACGCUGGCGCUUGACCCUGGGUCAGGGGGGCUUGGUGGAGUUUGUGCUGCUAUAUAACCCUUGGUGCACAGGCGAUGUGGUGUACAUGGACAGUGAGGAGAAACUGACGGAGUACGUCUUGGCUCAAGAUGGUAUCAUUUUCCGAGGCAGCUGGAAAUACCUCAUCCCUACACCUUGGAACUUUGGCCAGUUUGAGGAUGGGAUCCUGGAAGCUUGUCUGAGAAUCCUGGAAAUGAACCCCAAGUGCCUGCGUAACCCUGGGAAAGACGCUUCAGGGAGGAAGAACCCAAUCUACGUGUCCAGAGUUCUCAGUGCCAUGGUGAAUUGUAAUGACGACAAAGGGGUCUUGCUGGGCAGGUGGACUGACGACUAUGACGGUGGGGUGAGCCCCCUGUCAUGGAAGGGCAGUGUGGAGAUCCUGCGGAACUGGGACACAAAUGCCUGUCAACCUGUGCGCUUUGGCCAAUGCUGGGUGUUUGCAGCAGUGGCCUGCUCAGUUUCACGAGCCCUGGGCAUCCCUUGUCGAGUGGUCACCAACUACAAUUCAGCCCACGACACCAACAGUAACCUGGUGAUAGAGCGGUUUGUGGAUGAGAACGGACAACUUGUUCAGAAGUCGAGAGACAUGAUAUGGAACUACCACUGCUGGGUCGAGAACUGGAUGACCAGACCUGACCUUAAACCAGGUUUUGACGGCUGGCAGGCCAUGGACCCCACACCACAGGAGAAGAGUGAAGGAGUUUACUGCUGUGGGCCAAUCCCACUGAAAGCCAUCAAGGAGGGCGAGCUCACCUAUAAAUAUGAUGCCCCAUUUGUGUUUGCGGAGGUCAACGCUGAUGUGCACACCUUUAUGAAGCGCAAAGACGGCAGCACAGAGAAGAUCAUUAGCUCCGUCCAAGUGGGCCUGAAGAUCAGCACUAAGAGUGUGGGCAGUGAUAGGAGAGAGGACAUCACACACCUGUACAAGUACCCUGAGGGUUCUGACGAGGAAAGGGAGGCCUUUACAAAAGCCAACCACCAGAACAAACUUCUGCAGCAGCAAGAAAAUGCUGGUCUGCUUAUCGCUAUCAAGGUUUCUGCGGAGAUGAGGAAGGGCUGCGACUUUGACGUGUUCGCCGUGGUUACGAAUAACACACCGAAUGGUUAAAAGUGCCGUCUGGUGUUCGGCUCCAGAGCUGUGUCCUACAACGGCAUUCUGGGAGAGAACUGUGGGUUCAAAGACCUGCUCAACGUAGAGUUGGCACCUGGAGAAGAGAAGCGAGUUCCUCUGAGAAUGAACUAUUCCAAGUAUGCCGAGAAGCUCACUGAGGACAAUUUGAUCCGGCUGGUGGCUCUGCUCCUAGACUACGGCACCCGAGAGGCCUACCUCGCUGUGAGGAACGUUGUACUGGAAAAUCCUGAGAUCAAAGUCAGGAUUCUUGGGGAACCCAAAGAGAACCGUAAGCUGGUGGCUGAGAUAACUCUACGGAACCCUCUGCCAGUACCACUGCAGAACUGCUGUUUCACCGUGGAGGGUUCCAACCUCACUGGAGGACAGAUCAUCACUGAGAAACUUAACUCCACGGUGGAACCCGGGCAAGAUGCCAAGGUCAAAAUCUACUUCACGCCCACCCACUCAGGCCAACGGAAACUGGUGGUUGACUUUGACAGCAAUGAGCUGUGUCACGUCAAGGGCUACAGGAAUGUCAUCAUCGGCAAAUAGAGGACCCACCCUGAGCCUGCACUCCAUAAAACCCAGUGAAGACAAAGACCUACAGUUGUUUCACAAUCUAUAUGCAUAUCUCUAUACUCCAAGAUCUCUUUUAUCACCUAUAGAUAAACAAAUUCUCUGUUUGUUAGGAUUAUACAGUGCCUUCGGAAAGUACUCAGACCCCUUGACAUUUUCCAAAUUGUUGCGUUAUAGCCUUUUCCUCAUCAAUCUACACACAAUACCCCAUAAGAACAAAGCGAAAACAGGUUUUUAGAUACUUUUGUAAAUGUAUAAAAAAAUCAAAAAUCAAAAAUAUUUUCAUAAGUAUUCAGACCCUUUGCUAUGAAACUCGAAAUUGAGCUCAGGUGCAUCCGGUUUCCAUUGAUCAUCCUUGAGAUGUUUCUACACCUUGAUUGAAGACCACCUGUGGUAAAUUCAAUUGAUUGGAGAUUAUUUGGAAGGCCCACACCUGUCUAUAUAACAGUGCAUAUAGGACAGUGCAUGUCAGAGCAAAAACCAAGCCAUGAGGUCGACGGAAUUGUCCGUAGAGCUCCGAAGCAGGAUUGUGUCAAGGCACAGAUCUGGGGAAGGGUACCAAAACUUUCUGUAGUAUUGAACGUACCCAAGAACACAGUGGCCUCCAUCAUUCUUAAAUGGAAGAAGUUUGGAACCACCAAUACUUUCUAGAGCUGGCCGACCGGCCAAACUGCGCAAUCAGUGAAGAAGGGCCUUGGUCAGAGAGGUGACCAAGAACCCGAUGGUAUCUCUGACAGAGCUCUAGAGUUCCUCUGUGGAGAUGAGAGAACUUUCCAGAAGGACAAAAAUCUCUGCAGCACUCAACCAAUCAGGCCUUUAUGGUAGAGUGGCCAGAAAGAAGCAACUGCUCAGUAAAAGGCACCCAAAGUUUGCCAAAUGGCACCUAUAGACUAUGAGAAACAAGAUUUCCUGGUCUGAUGAAACCAUUGAAUUCAAUGGUGGAAAAAGUACCCAAUUGUCAUACCUGAGUAAAAGUAAACAUACCUUAAUCGAAAAUUACUCAAGUAAGUGACAGUCACCCAGAAAAAUACUACUUGAGUAUAAGUCAAAGUAUUUGUUUUGAAAUAUACUUAAUUAUCAAAAGUAAAUGCAAUUACUAAAAUAUACUUAAGUAUCAAAAGUAAAAGUAAAAGUACAAAUAAUUUCAAAUUCCUUAUAUUAAGCAAACCAGGUUGCACCAUUUUCUUGUUUUUAUUUACUUACAUAAUUUGCAAUUUACAGACAUAAUUUGCAAUCAAAGCAUUUGUGUUUAGUGAGCUGCCAGAUUAGAGGCAGUAGGGAUGACAAGGGACUUUCUCUCUUGAUAAUUGUGUGAAUUCGAACUCUUUGGCCUGAAUGCCAAGCGUCACGUCUGGAGUAAACCUGGCACCAUCCCUACAGUGAAGCAUGGUGGUGGCAGCAUCAUGCUGUGGGGAUGUUUUUCAGCGGCAGGGACUGGGACACUAGUCAGGAUCGAGGCAAAGGUAAUGGGGCAAAGUACAGAGAGAUCCUUGAUUAAAAACCUGCUCCAGAGUGCUAAGGACCUCAGAUUAGGGUGAGGAAUGGAAGAAACUCCCCAAAUACAGGUGUGCCAAGCUUGUAGCAUCAUACCCAUACCCAUACCCAUACCCUCGAUGCUGUAAUCACUGCCAAAGGUGCAUCAACAAAGUACUGAGUAAAGGGUCUGAAUACUUAUGUAAAUGUUAUAUUUCAAUUUUGUAUUUUUUUUAUAAAUUAGCAAAAGUUCUAACAACCUGUUUUUGCUUUUUCAUUAUGGGAUAUUGUGUGUAGAUUGAUGAGGGAAAAAAACGAUUUCAUACAUUUUAGAAUUAGGCUGUAAUGUAACAAAAUGUGGAAAAAGUCAAGGGGUCUGAAUACUUUCAAGUAAAAUUCUGAGUAUGUGUAAAUAUACUUGGUAAAUAAAGGAGUUUCUGAUUAUA